AUGGACUCAGAAUACUUGAAAAGGGGUAUGGGAAAAUGUCUUAUAGAAGGAUUAGCCGAGGUGGCCGAGCUUCGCCCCAUGGACCCGAUCGAAUUUCUUGCACAGUGGAUUUACAAGUAUAAAGAAAACAUGGACAAUGAGGAGAGAGUGAGUAAUGAUGUUCAGCCUAUUGCCAAUGUGGGGCAGCCUAUACCCAAAUGUUGUCUAGGCAAUCUCAUCCAGACGUGAUCUUUGGUAUGUGGUGGUGCUUUAGUUUAUUUAGUAAAUAUUUUUCUGAACUCUUAUUUUUCUUAAAACUGCAUUGUUGGUUAAGGGCUUGUAAAUAAGCAUUUCACGGUAAAUCCACAAUGUCAAUAAACUGGAUAAGUGUUGUAUUCGCCGCAUGUGACAAAUACAAUUUGAUUUGAUUAACUAUGUCAAUGUAUACUUUUCUGAGCCUAUACUGUCAUCCAAUGUUGGUAGAUAACCGGACUAUAAAACACUUGAAUAUACUAUUAUUAGGCUAGUAUUGUGAUAUUAUUGGAAUAUCUCCGAUCAUUUCAGAAAAAGGCCCUCCAGCACCAACUGGAGCAGGAGCAGCAGAAAGCCAUAGAUGAUGCAGUGCACAUGAGGCAGAUGAAGGAGGAAGAAUAUAAAAUCACAGGGGAAGUCCCAGAAGAACCCAAAGAAACAAAAGUAUGUAUUGUGUGUGUGUGCACGGCCGGCCCGUUCAUUAGACAGGAUUGGGCGGAUCAAGACGCACCUCCAACAACAACACAUAAAACCUCACAUAAUUCUGCCCAAAGACAAUUACAAUUUCUCUCAACCAGUGACAUAUGGGCUUUUUAGGUGAGUGCUGAUGCUGCCCUGAUAAGCAGUGCCCACUUUGUCAAAGGCAGGGGCGCAAAAUAUUUUGCUUGUCCAUUCCAAGCGCGUCUCUACAGGCUGGAGAUAAAAUGUAUGACAAUGUAAUGAGAUGGACACAUUUUACAUCAUGCAGGUUUCUCCGAUCAAAUAGCUGAACCUAAAUGGCGCUCAAUCAAAUAAAAAAUGACCUGUCAUGUUAACAAACAACAUAUCCUAAAAACAGGACAGGUCAAAGUAAAAUGGACAAUAUUGAAUAGACAAUCACAACUGUUGUCCAGGAGUUUCACCCCAUUGUCAUGAUCAGUGGUUUCAAGUUUGUAUCCAUACAUUUUUGAAAAGCUGAUCAUAGCGAAAUAGAAAAUACUUCUGCAUUUUCCGCUGUGUAAACACAUUGCAAAUAGGCUCACGAUAACUCCUGAUAAAGUUGGGUAGCUGAUAUUCAGAGCUUAAAUAGCCUAAUGUAUUAGUCACACGAAUCAGGACUAAUAAAGCCAAUGCUACGGCCUGUUUUACAAACGGUGGGCCUACCACAUGGAUGGGCAUUCAUACAAUUCCAUUGCAGACCGACAUGGUAGGCUACACCCCAGUGAGCCGAUGUCAUUUGGACUUAAUUUUUUGGUCCUGUCCGCACCGGAUGUCUUUUUUUUGUGUUUUACAAACGGUAGACUUACCACAUAGAUGGGCAUUCAUAAAAUUAAAUUUCAGUCAACACUGUAGGCUACACCUCAGUAAGCACGGACUGACGCUGAUGCCUUUUGGACAUCUUUUUUUGGUGCAGUCCGGACUGGCCUUGAUUUCCACAUCCACAGACAUUGGUUUUUGGUCCGGUCUGAACCAAUCAUAAACGUCUAUGUUUGGUUCAGAUUUGGUGCGGUCUGGACCAGCCUUGAUUUGGCCCAAACGUAGACGUCUAUAAAUUACUUAUUUUAAACUUUCAUUCACAACCAAAAAUGUACCUGAUUUCAACAUCCGGAAAAUACAUAUUUUCAACGUCUGGAAAAUAUGUAUUUUCAACAUCCGGAAAAUAAGUAUUUUCAACUUUCAUUCAGAACCGAAAAUGAACCUGAUUUCAACGUCUGGAAAAUACGUAUUUUUUAACAUCCGGAAAAGAUGCCUUUUCAACGUCCUGGAAAAUAUGUAUUUGAAACAUAUGGAAAAUACCUUUUCAACUUUCAUUCAGAACCUAAAUUGAACCUAACUUCAACAUCUGGAAAAUACGUAUUUUAGACAUCUUUUCAAUGUCAUUUUGCUUACUGGGACACAGGGCUGCAUUUUUGGGUCUCGCACAGGGCGGCAGCACGGCAAGGACCAGCCCUGUGUGUGUGUGUGUGUGUGUACGAUUUAAAGCCCAUGAGGAUUUAAAUUGUGUUGUUAUCUUUUCAGAAAGCUGAGGGACUACCUGCAACCCCUCCACCAGCUCCAGUUUCAGAAAGGGCCAAGAAAUUAAACCCUCCAACACUUGCUGCAGUGGAGGAGGGCGAUGAUUGGGUAUGGUUUUUGUAGAAUUUUAAGACUUCCUCAUUUAUAACAUUUUCAUAUUUUGUUUUCAAAACAAAUUGUAUGUUUUUGUGUAUGCUUAAUAUCAGGGAAUCUGUGAUGUCUUAUAAAUGUUGGUAGUCUUAUAUUAGAUUUAACAUAAUAAGCCCAGUGUAAUCUCAAAAUGGUAAGGAAACAAACCAAAUUAGUAAUAUCUCCUUAGAAUAUCCAUGUUUUGACUAGAUGUUCACAAGUGGGAGGAGCCUACUGUAGCACACAGAGAGCUUCAACUGCAUUUUGAAAUAUAGAUUAUUAUCAGCCAUCAGUAGAGAGAGUUGAGAAUUUUAUCGUCCAGGGUUUAAUCUCAUCAACACAUCAUCAGAUAUUUCAAGAGGAGCCUACAGGGUCUGGUCAGAGUCAGACCACCAGGGUCAUAUCGCAAGGUGUCAUGGAGAAUGAGCCAUUGAAAUCAGAAGUACCCACCACCUCCACCUCUGAAAAUGAGCAGGCCACUGAAGACAUUCAAGACAAAGAUAACACCAAACAGGAGGUGACAUCAGUCCCAGAUCUCAAGAAUACUCCGCUAAAAUCUGUGUGCCUUUGGUGGUUGCUACACUAUCCUCUCUAGGUCACCAUUUAUUUCGCACCUCUCUGUAUCAUUGUUACGUGAAUUAUUUAACAAACUAUUUCAGUGUCUCUGUGCAUCUCCCAAAAGGUUGUAAGUCUUUUGGGAUUUAAGAAACGGACAGAGUCCCGGUCUGCAUAGUCAGAGAUUUAUUCAUUGAGAAUUCAGCCACCAAAUGGUCGUACAAUAUUUUUAUACGCACAGGUCAUAUGAAGAUCCCUCCCCUCUUUAGGCGGGCUGUAGUUUUCCACUUUAAAACUGCUCUCCUGACCAUCAGUUCACACACACACAUACAUACACUCUUCCAAGCCUAACAGUAUCUCUCCUCCCUAAAUUCCUCAGUUAUCUUGGUUUCUCAGUUGCCUGUAGACAGUUCUCCUUGUCCUUUGUUGUCUGGUCUAACUCUUACUCACAUUGCUAAAUAGUAGCUCAAUGUCAUAGUCUUUACUGGUCCUAUACUCACACAUUCUAACACAUUUCACACUGUUUCAGGGUGUAAUAAUUAGUCAUUAAUAAUUAAUCUAUCAAUCAUCCGAGGGCUUUUCCAGUUCUGUCCUUUGGCUGAUGGUGACUGCUUCUGCACAUUCUUUGCAUGGCUUGCCCUCUCCCUGAGGUUAAUAAAUUAGAUUCAGAAAGGCUAGACGUGCAGGCUAGAGCUGAAGGACUAGAAAUCUACAUUUACAUUUUAGUCAUUUAGCAGACACUCUUAUCCAGAGCGACUUACAGUUAGUGAAUACAUAUUUUUUUUAUACUGGCCCCCCGUGGGAAUCGAACCCACAACCCUGGUGUUGCAAACACCAUGCUCUAUCAACUGAGCUACAUCCCUGCCGGCCAUUCCCUCCCCUACCCUGGACGACUUGUGCGCCGCCCAUGAGUCUCCCGGUCGCGGCCGGCUGCGACAGAGCCUGGAUUCGAGCCAGGAUCUCUAGUGGCACAGUUAGCACUGCGAUGCAGUGCCUUAGACCACUGCGCCACUCAGGAACUACAGAUGUGGAUGAAUGGCUGCAAUGAUUCUAAUAUUGUUUUGUCUCACAAACUGGUCACCAGUUGACUGAUCAACCUGAAACCAGUGAACCUGAUGAGUGUACACAAAUAGAGGCAGAGUCAAUCUCAGCACCAGAGAAUGAUGAGGGGGGACAAACUGAGGAUCCACAAGACAAACACAAACCUCUUCAUCAAGACCAAGAAAAGUUGAUGGCUUAUACCAAACAAAGAUUGAAACAAGGGACAUGAGAAAUAACAAACUAGAAAAAGAGAUGGUAAAGAACAUGGUGAAAUAUGUGCCAGACAAGAGAGGGAAGAAUGUCUAGACAAGACAGAAGGGAUACAUUGGACAAGUUCACAGUAAAGAUGAUAGAUUAUUGAAAAUAAGACAAGUCAUUGGGACUUGGGAAACAGUCAGUGUUGUUUUCUUGACUGAAUGAUAGAAAAGAUAGUAGGAGCAAGAAUAAAAAAAGCAGGAAAGCAGAAUAAUCAACCCGAAAAAAAGAUCUUCCUUUGAGAUGCAGUGAGGACAUUUUUAACCAGACAGUCACACUAGUAUCGCACAUUUAGGGGACUGCCAUCAGCAAAGAAACACCAGAAGACGAGGGAGAAUAAGUACAUUGUGAACUGAACCCAGCCAUUUUUCUUCCUAAAACAUUUUCACCAGGUGACUGAUGAACCUGAUAAACCUGAAACUAGUGAACCUGCUGAUUCUACACAAGUAGAGCCAACCUCAGGACCAGAGAAUGAUGAUGUCAAACCAGACGAGACUCUGUCUGAGGAGGGACAGGAACAUCAGGACCAAGAGAAGGUGAUGGCUUCAUGUGACACACCCAAGACAUAUUAAAAUGAUUAUGUAUUUGUAUUUUUAGAGAUAUGCUGAGGAUGUCUAUCUUCUGUUUUUACCCAAAGACAUAGCAAUUGACAAAAUAUAAUUCAUUCAGAGAAGGAAAGACAAAAGGAAGGGAUGACAAACCAGGAAAGGAGAGAGGAAAGAUCAUGGUGAAAUGAGUGCCAGAGAAGAAAAUAAAAUAUGUCUAGACAAGACAGAAUGAGGAGUCAAGUCUGAAGGAGGAAGGUGUUGUGAGGUGUUCAGUCAGCCAAGAGUUAACAGAUAGGGAUCAGAAUAUCAGAGGAGAAGGAGGUAUUGCAUGUGAUGUCAGAGGAGGGAUACCCACAAAAUGAGAGAGGCAGGCUUAAAACAUGUUUUAUUACUCAACCAGUUUCCCUUUGACAAACUCAACAUAGGAGACCGAUAACCCUGUCACAAGUGACGCUAUUGAUCUCACACAAGAAGUGGCAGCCUCAGAGAGUGAUGAUGUCAGACCCGAUGUGACGCAAUCUGAGGAGGGAGUGGAGGAGGGAGCGGAGGAGGGAGUGGAGACGUCAUGGGGGGCACUUGAACAUACAACUCCUGAUGACCAAGCCAAGGAGAAGGUUAACACAGAGAAGGCUUUUGUUUCGAGAGACAUUUAAACUGUUCAACUACAAUGAUAUCAUGCAUAAUAUAAGAAGACAUUAUACUCAAGAGUGAAUGACCAAGGAAUACAGGUUUAAACAGGUUUAUAGUAAUUUAACAAAUCUGUAGCCUAUCAGUUACAUCUAAACCCAGUUCUGUUUUUCAGGAGGAAGAGGAGGAAGAGGAGGACGACUAA